AUGCAGCUGAACACCCUCGUCUUCGCCCUCAUGGGCUUCUCCGCCGCCAUCGAGGCGUCUGCCAUCCACCGACACCAGGACGGCCUCCUGGUCUCAAGGCAGUUCGGAGGCGGCGGCUUCGGAGGCGGUGGCUUCGGCGGUGGACGCGGUGGUGGUCAAGGACAGGGAGGACAGGGACAGGGACAGGGACAACAGGGGGGACAGGGACAACAAGGACAGCAGGGCCAGCAAGGCCAAAACGGACAGCAGGGUCAGAAUGCUCAGCAGGGCCAGAAUGGACAACAAGGCCAGAACGCACAGCAAGGUCAGAACGGCCAGAACGGUCAGAACGCACAAAAUGGCCAGAACGGCGGCAACAACAACAACGCCAAUAAUGGAGGCAACAAUGGUGCUCAGUGUCUGCAAGCCAAUGCUGUCCAAGACGGCUCGGCAUCAGAUGGACAGGAAGCCGGUGCCGAAGCGGGCCAGGCCGCCUCCAUCACGGAUAAAAACAACUUCAUCAACUUCUGCUCGGGCAAGACCCUGACCAAUGGCCUCCAGAACAAGGCUGGAUCUUGCAACGGUAUCCCCAUGGGUGAGAUCCCAGCUCAGAACAACAUGGCCUCUACCAUCAUCACAAGUCCUGUGCCCGGCAAGGAGCCUCAACCGAACCAGGACUUCGAUGUUAACGUGCAGAUCGCAAACAUGGACCUUGGCACCUUCACCAACCCCGACAACACCUACUACUCCGCGCCCCAGCAGCUCGGAAAUGGAGGCAAUGUCAUUGGCCACACUCACGUCACCAUCCAGGACAUGGGCAACUCCAUCACUCCUAACCAGCCCCUCGACGCUUCCCAGUUUGCCUUCUUCAAGGGUAUCAACGACGCCGGAAACGGCAACGGAGGCCUGAGCGCUACUGUCACUGGUGGUCUCCCCGCCGGUAACUACCGUAUCUGCACCAUGGCCGGUGCUUCCAACCACCAGCCUAUUCUCAUGCCUGUCGCUCAGCGUGGUGCCCAAGAUGACUGUGUGAGAAUCACUAUUGGCGGCAACGGUGGCGGCAACAACAACAAUGGAGGCAACAACGCCAACGCAGGCCAGAACCAGAACCAGAACCAGGGCCAGAACGGACGACAAGGCCAGAACGGACAACAGGGCCAGGCCGCACAACAAGGCCAGGCCGCACAACAGGGCCAGGCUGGUCAAGCAGGCCAGGGUGGCCGGGGUCAAGCAGGCCAAGGACAAGGUAAUUCCCAAUCCUCCCAGGCCUCUGCAUCCAGCUCCAACACCGACUCCAAUGCCUCUCAACAAGCUGCUGCGACUCCUUCAUCUGCCACUUCAUCUUCCAAAUCAGGCUCCUCAUCCUCCACUGGUAAAGGCAAAGGUACAAAGGGACAGAAUGGUAACUCCCAACAGGCCGCAACGGCGGACGGCAAUAAUUCAACCGCUUCCGCAUCCGCGAGCGAGUCCGGAGGCAACGCUAAGAGCGGGUCCUCUUCCUCUUCCUCCUCCUCCACCGCCUCCUCCUCCUCCCAGAGCGGAGAUGCCAUCGGAGGCAUCGCCGCCCCGGCGGUGACGGAUUCCGGCAACUCCGACAGGCCCUUCUCGGUCAACGGCAACACUUUCGUUAAUGAAGGCGCCGCUGUCCAGCGUGCCUGCGCUAUUCAGAACAACGCAUGUGCGGACGCCGUCAAUUCAGGAAAGGUUUCCGGCAAGACAGUCGGGGACUGCAACGCGCAGGAACAGGCGUGCAACGCGAAGGGCGCAGCAUAG